AUGGCAGAAAUUAUUUUAAAAAAGCGAAAAUCUCUAGAUGGUUCUCACGUGAAGUCAAUUCGAUCAUCUAAAAAAAUAAGGACACAGCAACAUUCCAAAAUUUCAUCGGACGAUGAAGAUCAGGAUCUAGGUUUCAAACCAGUUAGCCUGCAAGAUUCUGACAACGAGACUUCACCAGAAUCAGUCUCUGAAGUUGAUACUAAUGAUCAUACUUUAGAACCUCGAAGAUUAGAGGAACCAGACGGAGAAGAGGUGACUGAUGGAUCCAACAGUGACUCAGAAAGCGAUGGGUCAGCACGCUCACUUAAAAGCAAUCCUAAUCUUAUCAAAAAGAACAAGUCUCACGAUCCGAAUGUCUUCGCAAAAUCUAUGAGUAGAAUACUUGACGCCAAACUUUCCAGUUCUAAACGAAGCGAUCCUGUCCUUGCGCGUAGCUUCAAGGCGCUUGAAGCUAGCAAAGAAAUUACCGACGCGGCAUUGGAUAAAAAGGCACGAAACAAAUUGCGGGCUGCAAAACGUGAAGCUCUUGACAAAGGUCGUGUGAAAGAUAUUCUCGGCACAAGCCAGUCAUAUGAUGUAACGAACAAUGGUAUUGAAGGUCCUGCAUGGCAAGAAACUGCCGAGAUGGAAGUAAGGUUACGAAAGACCGCACAAAAAGGUGUUGUCAAACUAUUCAACGCCGUUCGAGCUGCACAAGUCAAGGCAGAAGAAGCAGCCAAAGAGGCAAGAGCCAGCGGUCUUGUCGGGCAGGGAAACAGAGAACAUAAGGUAAAUGAAAUGAGCAAAAGAGGGUUUUUAGACCUUAUAGCUCGUGGAGGCGAGAAAGAAAGCCUUAAAUCGAGGCCUAGUUGA